UUCGCAAAUAGUUGAUUUAAAUUACAGACGUUGGUGGCGCUGAUUCUCAUUAAAAGAAAGACGUAUUUUUAGAAUUUCGAUUACCAAAGUGACGCUAAAACUUUUUCAUUUAUUGCUUGCCUGAUGGAAAGUGUGCUUUGUUAAGAUUAGAAAAUUAUGAUUGUAUACUUAAGCAAUUAAGUAAACGUAAAUAUGAAUAAUAAAGUAACCAAAUUAAAUCCGUCGAUCGACAUCAUUCCACUUCAAGGAUCCAGUGACGAUAGCCGAUUAAAGUUAAUGAACAAUCGAAGAUCAUUCAGUUCGAAUCCUAUUUAUGGCGAUCCCUUGAUUAUGGAUAGGGUACAAAUGUACCUUUAUGAAAACGAGGACAAAGUUUAUGUUGACAUUAAUAAAAUGUCAGACAGCAUUCAAAAGAAAUAUAGAGAAUAUCGAAACAGAAAACGUGGUCCAUUCAGAGAUAUGGUACGCAAGGCAUACGAUGCUGUUAAUGAGUGUUUAGCUACUAGGACAGCGUGGAAAGAAGACGAUGAAGUUGAAUUGUACGAUUCUCAAAAUGAUCACGAUGAACUUUUGAGAAUGUAUAAAAGAAGUAUGAAUUCGAAAAAUGGAAAUACGAGUGAUAAAGAGCUAAUUGAUAUUAGCAGCGACGACGAGAAAAUCAAUGAAAUGUCUAUGAUUAAGGACACUGAAGUGUUUGAAGUAAACAAAAGGCCUCGUAAAAGAUUCCUUUAUGGAAAUUCCAAUGAACAGCCGAAAGAUCAAGCAAACUUCCUUUCUUCAGAGAUUUAUCCAGAAAAAUGUUUAACAACGGAACGUCCAACAGAUAAACAGGAGAGAAAACGACAGAAACGCAAUGACGGCACUGCAUUGUAUAGUAGUUCUGUCGCAAGAAAAAGAGUGAACGUUUCAGUUGAUGAUCAUAAAGUAACAUUUGCAAAUGUCGGUGGCGCCUCGAAAGUUAUUGAAUCUGUUUGUAAACUAUUGGUUCACAUGAAGCAUCCUGAAAUUUUCAAGCAAAUGGGCAUUUCCCCACCGAGAGGAUUUUUACUUUAUGGACCACCUGGUUGUGGGAAAACUCUGUUGGCCUAUGCCAUUGCAGGGGAAUUAAAUGUCCCUAUGUUGAAAAUCGCCGGCCCUGAACUUAUUGCCGGUGUUUCCGGUGAAAGUGAAGCGAGAAUUCGCGAAUUAUUUGAACAAGCUCUUGCAUUAUCACCCUGUGUUCUCUUUUUGGAUGAAAUUGAUGCUCUCGCACCGCACAGAGCCAAUGCUCAAAAGGAAAUGGAACGUCGGAUUGUUUCUCAAUUGCUGGCGUGUCUCGAUGAUUUAAGUAAAAAGGAAAAUGGCAAUAGAGUUUUGGUUGUUGGAGCUACAAAUCGACCGGACGCACUGGAUCCAGCGUUGAGACGAGCUGGACGCUUUGAUCGUGAAGUUCCCCUUGGUAUUCCCGAUAAAGAAGCAAGAAGACAAAUUCUUGCUGUUCAUACCGAAAAAGUUAAACUCUCACCGGAUGUUGACUUAACUCGCCUGGCUUCUUUGACUCCUGGUUUCGUUGGCGCAGAUUUAGUCGCUCUAAUCAGAGAGGCUUCUAUGGUUGCAAUAAACAGAAUGUUUGCCGAAUUAAAGAAUAGUAACACUAAAAAAGAGGAGAAAAUACCGGUGAACGAUGUGGAGGAGGAUAAAAGUAUGGACAUCGAGGUAACGGAAAUAAUAACCGAAGAGAUAAAUUUAGAACAAGACGAUGCAAAGAAACCAGAGGAGAAUGUGGAGAAAGCAAAAGAGGCGGAAAAGGAGCCGGAAAUAAUAACUGAAGAACCGGAGAAAGAAAAGGAGAAAGAGAAGGAGACAGAGAAGGAAAAAGAAAAGGAAAAUCCAGAAGUCGAGGAAGUCACAUUGGAAGCAGAUUCUUCGAAAAAUGCGACAAGUGAUGAAAAAACAGAAUCGACAUCAAAGGAAACGGAGAAAGAAAUAAGUGAAGAAGAAGUUACCGAUAAUGCUGUACCUGUAGAGACUUUGGAGAAUGGUGACAUGGAAACUGAUAAAUCUUCAACGCCAGAAUCGAGUCCAGAAACAGAUCUCUUAAAAUGGUUGCACAAUGAUUUGCCAAUUUGUUCAACGACAUUGGCGUCAAUGUUUAUCGAGCACAUGGAUUUCGAGGGAGCACUUAAAGUUGUACAACCUUCAUCGAAAAGGGAAGGCUUUGCCACUGUUCCCGAUAUUACGUGGGAGGAUGUAGGUUCUCUAAAGGAUAUUCGUCACGAAUUGCAGAUGUCGAUACUGGCGCCUAUCAAACAAGCAAGAGAAUGCGAAUUACUCGGUUUAUCUGCUCCCAGCGGUGUAUUAUUGUGCGGCCCACCAGGUUGCGGAAAAACUUUGCUAGCAAAAGCAAUUGCCAAUGAGGCGGAAAUUAAUUUUAUCUCCGUCAAAGGACCUGAAUUGUUAAAUAUGUACGUCGGCGAAAGUGAGAAGGCAGUUCGACAAUGUUUCAUAAGAGCUCGAAAUUCGGAACCCUGUGUAAUUUUCUUUGACGAAAUUGACGCUUUGUGUCCCAAACGAUCGGAAGGUGAUAAUUCGUCAACAUCGAGGGUAGUCAAUCAAAUGCUAACCGAAAUGGAUGGAAUCGAGGGAAGGAAAGGUGUAUUCGUGAUGGCUGCCAGUAAUCGGCCGGACAUUAUUGACCCAGCCAUUUUGAGGCCCGGUCGUUUAGAUAAAAUUUUAUACGUAGGAUUACCAUCGUCUUCUGAUAGAGAGGAUAUUUUACGUGCCGUCACAAAGAAUGGAACAAAACCAAAAUUAGCCGCAGAUGUAAGUCUAUUCCAAGUAGCUCAGGAUAGUCGAUGUGAAAGAUAUACGGGAGCUGAUUUAGCAGCUUUAAUGCGCGAGGCAGGAGUUCAAGCUUUAACAGAAUUAAUGUCGAAUCCUUCGCAAGUUCCCGAAGUUUGUCAGAGGCAUGUGAAUAUUGCUUUCACUAAAGUAAUGCCAUCGGUUCAAGAGAACGAUAUUCAGCAUUAUGAAAAACUAAAGUCAAGAUACGCUGUGACAUUUAGUGAUAUGGACGAUACACCAAUGGAUAUUCCUGUUGAUUCAUUAAAUGAAAAUUCGUGGAAGCCAAACAGACCAGAAAGGAAGUAAUUUAAAGAAAUUUUCUUUUCCAUUCAAAGACUACCAUCCUUUGAAAUUAAUAACAUUCAUCACUGACACUGAGAAAAAAAGAUUUUUUUUUUAUCUCUAAAAGAGUUUCAACAUUAGAUUACUUUUAUUUUUUUAUUGUUGUAAUUAUUAAGUGACAUUAAAGAAGAAAUUUUUUUUUGUUUUUUUCGUAAAUUUUGUUCAUUUAUUUUUUAGAAUAGUCUCAAAAAAAAAAAUUACAAAUCUGUUUAAAUAAUGAAAAUAUAAUUUAAGAUUGUUCUCAAAGUUUAUUAAAAAGAUCGCCUCAACCUCCAUGAAUCAAAAAUUAAAGAAAAAAAAAUUGAUUUAAAGGAUGGUAGAGCUGGUAUUAAAAAUAUGAUUAAGUCACUGUAUAAUGUUUGUAAGUCAUUAAGCCUACAUUUUAAGCACGUUUAAAGAAUUUUUUUUCACACAUGCAAUGAUUCUCUUUUAAAGUACAAUUAAAUAGUAUUCACCAAGUUCUUGUAAACUUAUUUUUCAUUUAGAUUUACAUAAAGAAUAAUCAUGAUUUAUAGAUUUAUAAUUUCUAGUUUAUAAAUUCACAAUUUUCAUGAUUCUCUAAUUGAGAUUUCUGUUGUUUCUUAGAAGAAGAUGAUUAAAGAAAAACUGCACUUUUAGCAGCAAAAAAAAUAUGGUGUAAUAAAAUAAUUUUAAAAAAGCAAUGCCAAAAAAAAGUUUACCACAAUUUUUCCCGUAAUUUUUUUUUCCUUUUUUUUUGGAAAACAUUUAUUUAGUAUUAAGAGUUUUUUUUUUCUAAAAUUGUAUACUCUUUUCACUGAAUUCGAUUGUUGGAAAUUUGUAUCUGGAGUGAAAAAUUGCACGUGUCAAAAAAUAUAUCAAAAUUACUAUUUGCUUGGUAAUUUUUCAUGAAAGGCAUUUAUUUGUAAAGAAAAAGAGAAUAGAUACAAUAGUCUUCCUCUACUCCGUAUAAAUUGUUUGUUCUACAAUAUUAGAUGAUUAUUUAUCACUGUCUUAUAUUAUGAAUUUUUUGCAAUAGUAAAGAAAGACUCGGAAAGAA